AUGGCUACAACAACAACUCAAAUAAAACGACCUGGACUUGGUGGUGCAGCUAAAAAACGAUCAACUGGUUCUCGACCUGAAUUGACUGAAGAACAAAAAACAGAAAUUCGUGAAGCAUUUGAUCUAUUUGAUGCUGAUGGUUCAGGAACAAUUGAUGUUAAAGAACUCAAAGUUGCAAUGCGUGCAUUAGGUUUUGAACCUAAAAAAGAAGAAAUCAAAAAAAUGAUAUCUGAUAUUCAAAAAGAAAAUGCUGGUACAAUUGAUUUUAAUGAUUUUCUUCAGUUGAUGUCUCAAAAAAUGGCAGAAAAAGAUUCAAAAGAAGAAAUUUUAAAAGCAUUUCGACUUUUUGAUGAUGAUAAUACAGGAAAAAUUUCAUUUAAAAAUUUAAAACGAGUUGCAAAAGAAUUAGGUGAAAAUUUAACUGAAGAAGAAUUACAAGAAAUGAUUGAUGAAGCAGAUCGUGAUGGUGAUGGUGAAAUAAAUGAACAAGAAUUUUUAAGAAUCAUGAAAAAAACUUCAUUAUAUUAA